AUGCAGCAUCCAACGUUUGGCGCUAAAGAUAUGACCUCAUUCGGAGCUCUGGAUGGCCACUCCUUUGUACAGAAGAAUCCCAGAUCCCAUACCGGACUCGAUGCUCGGUGGCGUAACCCACUGGGAAGAAAACCGCCUCCCGAUCUUUCCAGAGACCCUCGAGUAAGCCGGUUGCCUCAGGCAUGUGAGCUGUGUUACCGAAAAAAGAUUAAAUGUGAGGUCGAGGGCUCCAGCGCGACCUGUAUUCAAUGUAUGCGCCGUAAUGUAACCUGCAAAUUCACCUCGAGGAAGGAGAAACGAGACAAUCUGAAAAGAGCACAUUACGUGAAGUGUUUAGAAGAACGACUGAAGAGGACGGAAUCGCUGCUCCGCGCUGCCGGGCUGCUUGACGAAGAAGCAAUCGGCUACGAUGACUUCAGCACCGAUGAUGACGAACAUGACGAGAGCGAUAUCGAAGAUGAUGCCGACUAUCCUUCGCAAGACAGUAGCCGUAGUUCUGGAGAGUUGCGAGGAGAGUCGAUGGAUUCCGCUUAUGCGUCUGGAUCCUGGGAUACCGCCGAUAGUCAAUCCAGGCCAUUGAACUCGGACAAGGGCAGGACCAAGCGCUGUCAACCGCCGAUAAACUCCUAUCUGCCUCCUUGUUCUCCUUGUUCAGUAAUCCGAGUUGACUCCAAGGAAGACUCUCGAUAUUUUGGACGAUGCUCGUCCUUGUCUAUAUUAUCUCGAGAUGGGAUUGAGUGGAUCAAGAGUAAGACGGGCGAUGCGACGUUCCUUACGCCAUUGUUUUCCAGCACGAAUCACGAUAGGCCGUGGGACUACUGGCGCCCGGACGUAUUUCAUGACGUGUUUUCCUGUAAAGUUUUCAAACCGUUGCCGCCGCGAGGGGAAGUUUUUUCCCUCCUACGGGACUAUUUUCGCACCGUCAACCGCCUGUUUCCACUGUACCACGAGGCAUCGUUCAUGCAGUUGAUCGAAUGGCAGUACACGCAGCAAACGUGUGAUGAUGCGGCCCGGUGGGCCGGCAUCAACGUCAUACUCGCGCUGGCCUAUGAAUAUCGAUUUUCCAACGGGCAGAAGUCGGAAAAAGAUCGCGAGAAGGCAUGGCUGUAUUAUAAGAAUUCCAUGUCGGUGUUUGCAGAGCUGACCAUGCGACGGACGGAUCUCUUAAGCGUGCAGGCCCUCCUGGGUAUGGCCCUGUUCCUUCGCGGGAACUCGGGGACCCAGUCGGCUUUGCCUAUUGUCACGGCAGCCAUCCGGUCCUGUCAAAGGAUGGGUCUCCAUCGAGACAUCCCGCAACCGCAUCUCUCGGCGGUAGAGCAAGAGCAGAGGAAGAGGGUUUUCUGGAUCGCCUUUAUCCUUGACCAAAGUUCAUGUAUUCGCGUGGGGAAUGCGCCGACCCAGCAUCCCGACGAUUUUGAUAUCGGGUUUCCGACUGAAACGGCGGACGACGAAUUCAUCAUGUUGAACAAUCAUUCGUUCUUCCAGCAACUGUGCCAUAUGACUGUGAUCAAGAGCCGGAUCUAUUCCCGGCUGUAUGCGACCAAGGCUCUGCAUAAUCAAUCCCUGGAGGAUAUUUGGGAGACUGUCAAAGAGCUGCAGCUCGAACUGGACGAGUGGAAGAAUGUAGAUGCAUUCCACGACGAGCAUUUAAAACAGCGAGGGGGCAGCGACGACUUCCUGAUGGGGUUCGCCUGCGUCGGUCUGCAGUUCGUCUACUAUAAUGCUCUAAUUAUGAUCCAUCGCCUGCCGGUUCUGAUCCAUUUUGCGUACAUGCGUCGUCUGGCGGGUGGAGCUCGAACGUCGCGGGAUUCGCGGGCGAUCAUAAACCAGGCGUCCACCUCGACGGCGAUUUGCGUACAAGCUGCGCGGGACACCUUGAAAUUGGUGAAUAACCUGCCAUGGGGCGAUGUGGCAUGGAUAUGGUCAUUGCUGUAUUACAUCUUUCUAGCGGUGAUGACGAUCUUCGUGAACAUCCUGCGGGAUAGUCGACAUCCCAAUUCGAAAGACGACCUCCAGACGUUGAGCAUGGCGUCGACAUUCUUCGCGACACUGAUUCCGGGCGAUCGACCGUGUGCGUAUGCGCGGUUCAUGACGCGGAUGUGCGCCAACUUCGAGCGCAUCGCGCGGAUGGUAAUCGAGCGUGAACAGAAAACCAUCCAACUGGAGAAGACGCAGCCAGCUCCAGCUCCAGCUCCGGAGGAACCGAAGAUGCCUUCCAUUCCUUCGACGGGUGUUGAUAUCCCGCAGUUGGAGGGACUCCCGCCUAUUAAUUCGUCGGGAUAUGUUGUUCUUGGCAGUCCUGAACCUAUACCUGCCACUGAAUCUGCUAGUAAUACUACUAGUAGUAGUGGUGCUGAUGUACCGUAUCGACCGAUAGGAAAUAACAUCAACAUAAUUGGUAAUGGCCUGGCACCCGAUCUAUGGCAGAUUCCAUUAACAACGGACUGGGAGCUGGGGAAUCAGUUCUGGGGUGGGCUCUUUGGCGCGAACUGCCCGGGGAGCGAAGACCUGACGAUGAUAUCUCAGCCUUCAGCUAUGGAUAUGGGAUUUGGAUACGGGGAAGCGUUUGGGAGUCAGUGGAGUUAUGGGCCAUUUUUUGAUCCAUUCUGA